AUGUUGUUGCAGUUGCAGAGCCUGCGUGCAUUUUCAGUUGCCGACCGCACUCACGUGUCCCUCCCAUCCUCACGUGUCAUCCGUACGUCGAUCCAUCUCCACCGUCCGUCAAUUUCUUUUCCGACUACCCGGCCACGUCUCCGAUCACUCCCCACCGUUAGGAGCUGUACCACCCUCGCAUUCGAUUUCAAAGAUGGAAAAGGAAUGAGUGAGUUUCUUGAUGUUGAGCUCAAAGUCCGCGAUUAUGAACUUGAUCAAUAUGGCGUCGUUAACAAUGCUGUUUAUGCAAGUUACUGCCAGCAUGGUCGUCAUGAACUUCUGGAAAGGGUUGGCAUCAGCGCUGAUGCAGUUGCCCGCACUGGUGACGCAUUAGCAUUGUCAGAAUUGUCACUCAAAUUCCUUGCGCCACUCCGAAGUGGAGACAAGUUUGUAAUAAAGGUCAGGCUCUCUGGUUCCUCAGCCGCUCGCUUGUACUUUGAUCACUUUAUUUUCAAGCUGCCAAAUCAAGAGCCUAUAUUGGAAGCAAAGGCCACAGCAGUGUGGCUUGACAAAAGCUAUCGCCCCGUCCGUAUUCCACCGGAGCUGAAAUCUAAAUUUGUUCGAUUUCUUCAUCACGAGGAGUCUAACUGA